AUGGCUGCUCCCAACUCAAAGGAUUCUAUGAAUUUGGUCGGAACCUGGCAUCUGAAUAGAACAUUAUCUGAUGACCCCGACAAGAUUUUUGCUCUGCAAGGAGUUCCUUGGGUCGUUCGGCAAAUAUUACGAUAUGCGAGCCUCUCAUUGCACAUUUCACAAGCUGUUCGUUUUCCUGACGGCACUACCACGGUGAUAAACGAAAACAACUCAGAUAUUGAAUAUCCCAUCGAUUCUAUCAUGACGCUUCAUAUCAAACAGACCGUGUAUCCCGGAGGUUUUAAUAGCGAAGGGAGCUACCCUGUUAACGGUACAUCCCAAGACCUGUCGCUUCCAAUUUUCGGAGAAGUUAUGAUGAAGUUACGAUAUGUAAACACAUCUAGUGUUCCCGACGAGAAGCUCCGAAGCCUUCUCAGCCAAGGAAGCCCAUCAAAAAUGGCUAUCGACGAGCUGGCCCAUAAUUCAUCCAAAGGAUGGCAGGCACAGGUCUGGUGGGGCUUUGAGUGGGUUGGAGAUACCAGGUACUUUACUCGUAACGCCACCGUGACUAGAAACAAAGACGGACAGACUGUGACGUCUCGAAUGGUCUAUGACUUCCUUAAAUGA